AAGGAAGAGAGAGGGAGGAAACUAUCAGGGAAGGAAGAGAGAGGGAGGAAACUAUCAGGGAAGGAAGGAAAGGAAAAGAGAGGGAAUAGAAGAAACAGACAUUGCGAGAUAAAACAAAGAGAGAAGAGAAGAACCGUGGAGACAGAGAGAGUGAGACCAGGGAGGACGACAGAGAGAGAGACCAGGGAGGACGACAGAGAAAGAGAGCGACCAGGGAGGACGACAGAGAGAGGGGGAGAGAGAGCGCAAGGGAGUUGAGUUGAGACAGGUGGUGCUUUUUCAUCCAAGCCGCUGUGAAAAGAGGGGCGGCUAUUGGCUACAAUUGUGCCAACAACUCGCAGCAUCAAGGACAACUUUUUCCCUCGUAAGGCUACAGUGGGUUUUUUUUUUGCGCUACUUCUUACUCACGCACUCAGCCUUUUUAACAGAACAGGCUAAGUAUAAAGGACUAUACAAAUAGUGGACACGUUUUGUUUUCAAUGUAACACUCAACAGAAAACAGGCAAGAGAUUAAACUGCCAACCUUCGACUGGUAACAUUUUUUUUUACGCAUGAGCAUCCCUCUGAAAGAAGGUAUACAAAUGCUCUCCGUCCAGCCGGACACCAAGCCAAAGGGCUGUGCCGGCUGCAACCGGAAGAUUAAGGACCGAUAUCUGCUCAAGGCCCUGGAUAAAUACUGGCACGAGGACUGUCUCAAGUGUGCCUGCUGUGACUGCAGGCUGGGAGAGGUGGGCUCCACGCUCUAUACCAAAGCCAACCUCAUCCUCUGUCGGAGAGAUUACCUACGGUUGUUUGGGGUAACAGGGAACUGUGCGGCCUGCAGUAAGCUGAUCCCAGCCUUUGAGAUGGUGAUGAGAGCUAAAGAGAACGUCUAUCACCUGGACUGCUUCGCCUGUCAGCUCUGUAAUCAGAGGUUUUGUGUGGGAGAUAAGUUCUUCCUGAAGAACAAUAUGAUCCUGUGUCAGACGGACUACGAGGAGGGGCUGAUGAAGGAGGGAUACGCCCCGCAGGUUCGCUGACUACAGAUGAAGAGUAGAGAGAGAGAGAGAAGGGGGGGGGUGAUGGGAUUGAGGAGAGCAGAGAGAGACUGAAGGGAGGAG